AUGCCGAUCGCAAAAGUUCCCACCAUAGAAAAUUUUCGCAAGUUCCAUGGCUUAGAGGUAGAUAUCGACCGUUUCCUGAACCGAUAUGUCCCGCACCCAAGAUGGCAUCUCCUCCCUAGGCCGGUAGCCCAUUUUCUUGGGCAUCGGCUUCAUCCUCCCAAGAAAGUUGGGAAUGUCCUGGUGAUGCUUUGGUCCUUGAUCGGCGUGUUCACCGGGCUGUUGAUCGUCACAGCAGUGUCGACCCAUAUCCCUUCAUUCCGGCAGCAUGGGGCCCCGAUCAUUGUUGGAAGCUUCGGCGCAGCAGCGGUCCUGGAAUAUUGUGCGAUAGAGUCUCCGCUGGCUCAACCUCGAAAUGCACUCUUUGGCCAAUUUUUCUCGGCCCUCGUCGGCAUAUGCAUCGCAAAGCUCUUUUCGUUGAACCCAAACCACGAGAGCUUAUACUGGAUCGCCGGACCGAUUGCAUGUGCGGCGGCCACAUUGGUGAUGAUUAUCACCAAGACGAUCCAUCCGCCAGCCGGUGCCACUGGUUUACUUGCAGUCGUAGAUCCAACAACAAGACGUUUGGGGUGGUUUUUGCUCCCUAUUGUGCUGCUCAGCUCCGUGCUGAUAUUGGCGUCGGCCCUACUCUUCAACAAUAUUCAAAGACGAUUCCCUCUUCACUGGUGGACACCCGAGAGCCUUCUACCCACGGUUCGCGAAAAGGACGACGGCUCGACCACUGACGCCAACGAAGAGAAUCCAUCAAUUCUUACUCUCAAUGAAGACAAGGCUUCAGACGACGUUCAAAUAAUAAUCAAGGCCGGCCAAAUUUCCGUGACUGGCUCGAUCAUCCUUACACCAGAUGAAAAAGAGUUUUUAGAGCGACUGAGUAGACGAAUAUAG